AUGCGCACCACCACCGUCCUCGCCACCGCGGCCUCUCUGUUCUGCGCCGUCGACGCCCGCAUCAGCGGCUUCGCAGUUCCCUCUAUCGUCAAACCCGGCGACACCCAGGUCGAAAUUGUCAUCACCACGGAAGGAUACAUCCAAUCCGUCGAAGACGUCGCCAUUGCGUUUGGCAUUUCCCCCGCAAACGCCUCAUCCCCUGGAACUCUUGGGCCGGAUCUUUUGACUUCGAAGUUCCUCGGACCAAGUGAGUGCAUCGAAGAAGAACAACGUCACAGAGAGAGAGAGAGAGAAAAAGGAAAGUGCCGGAUGCUGAUUGUUUGUAGGCCUUUCGAACACGAACGAGAAUAUCACGCACUAUGUCUCUAUACCUACGGAUAUCGCAGAGGGACCUGCGGUUUUGCAGGCGGCGUUGUUCUCGCUCUAUGGAGUUUCCUUGGGUCCUACUAUUUCAAGCUACACUGCCAACGUUACUGUCGGGGAUGCUACUUCGACCGACUACGUUGCUAGUACAUCCGUCACCCAGCAGUAG